UUUUCGGUAACAGAUAGGAACCUCUGUGCCUGGUUGGCGUCAGCGCUUCGGGGAAGACAACAGGCACCUGCAGCAGACACUCGUGCACACACAGCCCCCAUAUCUACGGCUCCCUCUGCGUAAACCAUGGCGCCACGCAGUAAACAAGUCAUUGCAUUUUCUGACGUAAUCCACCAAUUAAAUGAAAUGAGCUCCCGGCCUUUGCGCGGGCCAUUUUAUUCACCACCACUGCAAGCUGGCCUGACCCGAAAAGCGGACGCAACGUUAAAUUCCGCCCCAAAACGCGCCACUUUCUGAAAAGCUGUCAUCCUGUUACAAUGGCGCCAGACCCACCUGUUUAUCCAGUGGAUGAAAAUUUGUCAGAUAAAUAUAAUGCUGGUAUCCCCCCUCAAAACAGCGAUGACAGUGACAAUGAAGGGGAAGAACAGCCAGCCUAUGACGGGUACACUCUUCUUGGCCAGCACGAACAUCAAGGAGGAAAUCUCGACAAUGAAGACGAUUAUGAGACUGAAAAUGAUGAAAUAAAUGCAGGCAUGAACAAUGACAAUCAGCAAGCACAGGAUAUUAUAGCAGCACCUCCUUCAGCAGGCAGAGCCGAGUUAGCAGCACUCUGGAAUAGUGCACCUAAUGAAGCUACGUCCAACAGCAUUGCUAUGGAUGACGAGCGAUCUGCUCAGAUCAGAGCAGCUAUGGCUGGUUUCUCUUUACCAGCAUCAGCGGUCCCAGCAUGGGCCUCAGAUAUUCCCGAAGAGUUGUGGAAGGAGAGAUUUUUGGGCAGACUACAGCAACAGAAGAGCAUUCCAGAAGCAAAUAAGCCACGGUGAAACCAGAAAAGACAUUUGCUCCAUGUGAUACAAUUUUGGUGAAGGCUUGCACAUUAGUUGCUGAAUGACCGUUUACCAAUGCCUUCCAAUAAUGGUUAACAGAAACAAAUUGUAACAAUAAUUUAGAACCAACUUUUAGCAGCUUACAAUUUAAAUGAGCUACUGAUUAUUGUCUCAAUAAUUAACGCUCAGCCAAUACAUAGGAAAUAACACAUCAAUAAGUGGUAAGGAUUUGUGCUUAAUGUGGUUUAUGUAAUCAUAUAUCUACUAUUUAUUGCAAGUACUGUUUAAAUUUGCUAAUAAAAAAGCGGCAGGAAUAAAUAUGAUUACCAGAGUUACUAAGUGAACUGUGAACAAACAA